GCGCGGAGCCCGCGUUCCGGGAGCGCCGAGGUGCGCCUGCGCGGCGCCGCGUCCGGGCGGGCGCUUGGAAUCUGGCUGCGGGAGUGGCGCGUCGCGAUCCUCGGCUUUCCAGGUGUGUCUUUCUUCACAGGCUGAAGUCAUGGCGUCGUCAGACCUGGAACAGUUGUGCUCUUACAUCAGCGAGAAGAUCGGCAACGUCAAGAGAAUGUUGUCGCUGAGAAGCUGUGGUCAGGAACCUACCUUGAAGACUAUGUUAGAUAAAAUAGGAGAUGAGAUCAUCGUAGUAAAUGAACUUCUAAAUAAAUUGGAAUCGGAGAUUCAGUAUCAAGAGCAAACCAACCAUUCACUCAAGGAACUCUGUGAAUCUCUUGAAGAGGAUUAUGAAGAUGUGGAACAUCUCAAGGAAAACAUUCCUCCCCAUUUACCUCAAAUAACAGUCAGCCAGAACCAGAACCUAGCUAAUGUGUCAGACCUUGACCCUGAAGAACCAGUCAAAGUUGAGGAACCUGCACCCACAAAGAAGCCCCCCAAAGAACAAAGAAGUAUUAAAGAAAUGCCAUUUAUAACUUCUGAUGAAUUUAAUGGCAUUCCAGCGUACAUGAAAUCCCGCUUAACCUAUUGUCAAAUUAAUGAUGUUGUUAAAGAAAUCAACAAGGCAGUAGUUAGUAAAUACAAGAUUCUACAUCAACCAAAAAAGUCUAUGAGUUCCGUGGCCAGAAAUCUUUAUCACAGAUUUAUUGACGAAGAAACAAAGGAUACCAAAGGUCAAUAUUUCAUAGUGGAAGCUGAUAUAAAAGAGUUCACAGCUUUGAAAGCCGACAAGCGGUUUCAUGUGAUACUGAAUAUCUUACGACAUUGCCGGAGGCUUUCAGAGAUCCGAGGGGGCGGCCUCACCAGAUACGUUAUAACCUGAAGUCUUAUGGUCUGGCCAACUAUAGGGUAUAGAGGCCACUCCUGGAGCUGCCUUGUAUGUAAUUUCUUUAUAUAUGAUUUCUUUGGCUUUUUUUUUUAAUAUAGUUUCCUAUAAAAAUAAAACUUUUUAGUAAAUAAAGCAGAUAUAUUUUAAAAUUCACUUAUCUUUCAGCACCUAUUUAACCCCCUACCAGAGGAGCCUCUGUGCUAGGUAUAUAAUGAUGAAUGAAAUGAAAGAGAUGAUAAAAUAACAUUGUAAGUAGUUUGAUAGUUGUCCUGGAAAAUGGAGGGGGGGGGGGUUGGAUUGCAAGAAUUUAGGAUGUUUCUCUCCGCACUUAGAGGGAGUACCUGGCUAUAUGUGUUUUAGUCCUUGUUCUCCAGAGAUGCAAAACCAAUAGGAGAUACACACAGAGGGGCAUGAUGGCAGAUUGGUCCAUGUGAUCACAGAGGCUGAGAAGUGCCCCAACCUGCCGUCUGCAAGCUGGAGACCCAGAAAAGCCCAUGUGUAAUUCAGUCCUAGUCUGAAGGCCUGAGAACCAGGGAAGAUGAGAUGUGACGGCUCCAGCAGUGAGGCAGGAAGAAACAAAGUGAGUUCUUCCCUCCACUUUUGAUUGUAUUCAGGUCACUCACAGAUUGGAUGAUGCCCACCUGUACUGGGGACAGCAGUCUGCUGAGUCCAAACAGCCUUACAGAUGCGUCCAGAAAUAAGGUGUAAUGUGGCACCCCAUGGCCAGUCAGGCAGGUUGACAUGGAAAGCUGACCACCACCGUCUGUGCUAUCUGCUGGGCAGGUUGAUCCUUGUAGCAGAGGGAAAAAUCCUGUCCUAGGCCCGGUGGCCUGGUUCCUACUGUCACUGUGAUAACUGUGUUAUAGGCACGACAUAGUGUUAUCCUUUCUUCCUAAUUUAAAUGUAGGUGUGUUUAGUAUUUCAUGUCUUUCUUCAUUUGAAAACAAUGGCAUUAUCCCUUUACUUUGCAGUUUUAAGUCUUGCUUGAUUUUUCUUUGUAAAAAAAAAAACACUUUAUCUGCUUGAACUAUUUCUUCCUAAAACUCAUAGUGAACAACUGUGGCAAUAAAUGUGUCUAAUUCUUGUAGAAUGGGUACCGAGGUGAGCAAUUAGUCCCUAAUCAUGAGCAUGUAAUUUGUUACAUUAAUCUGGGCUUACAUUGGUAGACUUGUGUUCAUCAAAGAGUAAUAAAGACAGUUUUCAAGCAAAA